AUGCUAGAGGCGAUUUACGCCAAGAUAAUGGGAGUCGGGUCAAGUCGUCAUGACAAACGUCAAGGAUGCUGGUCAUGGGGAGAGUCGUCAAACGGCGAGGAGAAACGAAUGAAACGACCGAAGAAGUUGCCGUCGAAAUUGCGAUUGAAAAUAAGUGGAAAUCAGCGACGCCGUCGCGAGGACACGUUCGUCGUGUGGGAGGAGAUACCGACGCCGUCGGUAUGCGAUCACCGCGACACAAUGAACUCGGACGCAUCGUCGACGCCGUCGCCGCCGUCCGCGCCGACACAGGAGAGGUUGAUGCAGCAUCGAAACUUCACGGUUUCAAAGCGUCUGGUUUUGAAACGUUCCGGUGUCAAUACGAAAAGUUUGGUGCCUUGUUUCUCAUCACUUCAUCUCUGCGGCUUGAAAUAG